AUGCCGUCUCAAUCUGCUACCGUUCCUUGUCAGUACCGCACAGGUCGCACGCUUGGAAGCGGCACAUAUGCUAUCGUGAAGGAGGCCAUACACAUCAAGACAGGCAAAUACUAUGCUUGCAAAGUCAUUAACAAGAAACUCAUGGAAGGGAGGGAGCACAUGGUCCGCAACGAGAUCGCUGUAUUGAAGAGGAUAUCGAGUGGUCACCCAAAUAUUGUGACACUGCACGACUACUUCGAGACAUCACACAACCUCUACCUUUGCUUCGAUCUUUGCACUGGUGGCGAACUCUUCGAUAGCAUAUGUGCUAGGGGACAAUACACUGAGGCUGACGCGGCUGGGCUCGUCCGCACCAUAUUUCAGGCAGUUAAAUAUAUCCAUGACUGUGGGAUCGUGCAUCGUGACCUCAAGCCGGAGAACUUACUCUUCCGGUCGAAGCCUGAGAAGACUUCGGAAAUCAUGAUAGCAGACUUCGGUCUUAGUCGAGUCAUGGCGGAGAACAAGUUGAGCAUGUUGACGGAAGUUUGCGGCACGCCUGGGUACAUGGCGCCCGAGAUCUUCAAAAAGACGGGUCAUGGAAAACCUGUCGACGUCUGGGCCAUGGGCGUAAUCACGUAUUUCCUGCUUGCUGGUUACACCCCUUUCGAUCGUGACACCCAACGACAAGAGAUGGAAGCCAUCAUCGCCGGAGAUUAUAAGUUCGAGCCUGAUGAGUAUUGGUCCCUUGUCUCUGACACUGCGCGGACGUUUGUUGCCACUUGCUUGACUGUCGAUCCCGACGAACGCCCGACUGCAGCACAGAUGCUUGAGCACGAGUGGCUCACAUCUGAGGUACCUCACUUCGUCGAGAACGAGACGGGUGAGCCAAGAGACUUGUUGCCACACGUCAGGAAGGCGUUCGAUGCAAAGAAGACAUUCCGAAAAGCCGUGCUGGGUAUGAUGGCGAUGAGGCGCAUGACAUCGCUCGUCCAUCACCUGUCACCAGAGGCGCAGAAGUUGAACGAUGAUUUGUACCAGUUCAAGCAAGAGUCUGAAAAGGAAAUGCUCGAGGAUAUAAAUGUCGUUCACCAUCACAACGCCGACGAAGAACGAUCGCUCAAGUCUCAGGACGAUAUAUCUAUUGCAAAGGGUCCAAAUGGGAAAGCGGCGGAGGGUAUCGAUGUUAGUGAGAAGCUCGCUGCUGUGAGCCUGGCUGCGAAGUCAGGUGGCAACCCCAAGAGCAUUUGA